AUUCCAUAAUAUAAAAUAAAACCCCGCCAGAAUUCACAACAACCAGUCCGUGGUCUCUUUUCGAAAUCAGUAGACUGAUCGGUGAGUUAGUUGCAGUAACUCAGCCAGUAUCAUCAACUCUCAUGGAAUCUUCUUCUCUUCAACUUCUCCAAGAAUGGCACAACCAGGUCAAAUUUCAGUUUCUUCUAGGGAUUAUUCCGCUGCUGCAUCUUCUUCUUCUUCGAAUCACGCUUCUUUUCCAGUCCACGAAGAAGAUAAUCAACGGUUUCGUCAAGUUGAAUUUAGACAGCCAGAGAUAGAGUAUCUGCAACACCAAUACACUGACCUUUCCUACCGUGGAAAUUAUUUUGCGUUUGAUGAUUUAUCUGCUAUCAGAGAUUGCACGUGGUUUUGUGUCGUCGUGGUUCUCACAUUCUGCUUCUUUGUGUCCAUGACUUUGAUUUUGGGGGUUUAUGGUUCAAUGAGGCUAACCCUAGGACCGAAAUGCUCGAUUCUUUUACCACCUAAUCCCUUAUUAGUGCAGUCUAUAAAGGUGGAACAGUUGUAUGAUACUAAUCCGGGGCUGAUGCUAUAUGGGUUUUUUAAACCUCCUCCGCUUGAUGUUGUACGGACCUGGUCUAGAACUCUUGAUGUCUCUGUUCCUGCCGAUUCUCACAAGGACUUCGUAUAUUUUCUGAAUAAGGGAUCUCAAAUAAAUAUCACAUACAGGGUGAACUCCCCGAGCUCCUCAGUUUUCCUUGUAAUUGCACAAGGGAAUGAAGGCCUUUCUCAAUGGCUUGAGGAUCCAACUUAUCCAAACACCACUUUAUCAUGGAAUGUCAUUCAAGGAAGUGGUUUUGUCCAACAGAGUAUAUUGACCUCUGCAAGCUACCAUAUUGCAGUGGGUAACUUGAACUCAGAGAAAGUAGAGGUUCAGUUAGCCAUCAGAGUAAGAUCUUUGCAAUACAAUACAACCAAAGCUUACUACAAAUGUACAUUUACAGAUGGGAAGUGUAGUUUGAACAUUAUGUUUCCCAAUGGAAAUGUUGCUGUCUUAAACUCUUUUGGUCCAGAACAGGGUUCAGAAAGUGACGAGUGGAAUGUCAAAGUCUCCUAUGUACCAAGAUGGGCCACAUAUAUUGUCGGCAUAGGUGGAAUAACAGUUCUCAUACUAGCGGCAUUCAACUUCUUGAACAUGUUUCAAUGCAUUCGUGAAGAUGGAACCAGAAUUCUGUUUGGAGAGGUAGAAGCUGAGAGAGCCCCCUUGCUUUCAUGUAAAGAUGAGGACCUUUCAAGCUGGGGCUCAUCUUAUGAUUCUGUCUCAAACGAUGAGGAGGAUCUUGAAGAUUUUCUUGCAGCUGGUUCCCUUGAAGGGAAAUCAAGAGAUGGUGAAAAUGACAAUAAUACCCGUCGUCUUUGUGCAAUUUGCUUUGAUGCUCCGAGGGAAUGUUUCUUCAUCCCAUGUGGGCACUGUGUUGCUUGUUUUGCAUGUGGAACAAGGAUAGCAGAAGCUGAUGGUACUUGCCCUACAUGUCGCAGGAAUUUGAAGAAGGUGAGGAAGAUUUUUACAGUUUAAGCAACAUGAAGCUAUAUUCUUAACACCGUGUAGAUCCGGUAAUAACUUGCAACAUGGAUUAGUUGCAUCUACACCAUUGCUUGCUUUCAUGCCCAUGAGUACUAUUUGAUGGUAUCGCAUUUGAUUUAAAUCAAGGAUGGAGAUGCGAUUGCAUGAGCUUAUUCUUUAAAGUGGAAGACCAUCAUGCCCUUUGUUUUUUGUUUUGACCCGUCCGCCAUGUAACAUUCAUUAUCUCUUUGUAUAGCCGUAGAAUACAUGUUACCUAGGACCCAUGAUCCAAAGGUUUAAUGCAAUAUGUUAUCUUCUGUUUUUCCA